AUGACGAUGAGCGCGCAGGGCGGCGAGGCCUCGGCGUCCGCGCCCAUCAGCAGCGCGCUGCCCGCCAUCCCCGCGCACAAGCUGGCCGACCUGCGCUACCUGAGCCGCGGCGCGUCCGGCACCGUCUCCGCCGCCCGCCACGCAGACUGGCGCGUGCGCGUCGCCGUCAAGCACCUGCACCUCCACGCGCCGCUGCGGGACGGUGAAAGAACUGAUGUUUUAAGAGAAGCUGAAAUUUUGCACAAAGCUAGAUUUAGUUACAUUCUUCCAAUUUUGGGAAUUUGCAAUGAGCCUGAAUUUUUGGGAAUAGUUACCGAAUACAUGCCAAAUGGAUCAUUAAAUGAACUCCUACAUAGGAAAACUGAAUAUCCUGACGUUCCUUGGGCUUUGAGAUUUCGCAUCCUGCAUGAAAUCGCACUUGGUGUAAAUUACUUGCACAAUAUGAACCCUCCUCUACUUCACCAUGACCUGAAGACUCAGAAUAUUUUAUUGGAUAAUGAGUUUCAUGUUAAGAUCGCAGAUUUUGGUUUAUCAAAAUGGCGCAUGAUGUCUCUCUCACAAUCAAAAAGUAGUAAAUCUGCACCAGAAGGCGGCACAAUCAUCUAUAUGCCACCUGAAAACUAUGAACCUGGGCAAAAGUCCAGGGCCAGUGUAAAGCAUGAUAUAUACAGCUAUGCAGUUAUCACUUGGGAAGUUUUAUCCAGAAAACAGCCUUUUGAAGGUGUCGUCAAUCCUUUGCAGAUUAUGUACAGUGUAUCCAAAGGAAACAGACCUGAGAUUAAUGAAGAAAAUUUGCCACUUGAGAUACCUCAUCGAGCACGUAUGAUUUCUUUAAUCGAAAGUGGAUGGUCACAAAAUCCAGACGAAAGACCAUCUUUUUUAAAAUGCUUAAUAGAACUUGAACCAGUUUUAAGAACAUUUGAAGAAAUAACUUUUCUUGAAGCUGUUAUUCAACUAAAGAAAACAAAGUUGCAGAGUAUUUCAAGUUCUAUUUAUUCAUGUGACAAGAAAAUGGAAUCAUCUGUAAAUCAUCAUCCACAGGAGGAGUCAUGCGGAUCCUCUCAGGUCCAUGACACUAAUGGUUCUUCUGAAACCUCAAGAACCCUGUCAACUCUGAGAUAUGAUGAUUUUCUAUCUAGAAAAACACAAGACAAUUCUGUGCAGCAACACUGUUCAGGGAAUCACAGCUGGGAUGGAAAUGUUUCUGCAAUUCAAAAGGCAACAUUCUGCGAUCAUAAGACCUCGCUGUGUUCCUUAGCACUAGCAAAUCCUCUCCUCCUUGAAGGAACAUCAGAGCGAUUACAGUCUGGGAUAGCACAGCAGUGGAUCCAGGGUAAAAGAGAAGACAUUGUCAGCCAGAUGACCGAAGCCUGCCUGAACCAGUCGCUAGAUGCCCUUCUGGCCAGGGACUUGAUCAUGAAGGAGGACUAUGAACUUAUUAGCACUAAGCCUACAAGGACCUCAAAAGUCAGACAGUUACUGGAUAUCACUGACAUCCAAGGCGAAGAAUUCGCCAAAGUCAUAGUACAAAAAUUAAAAGAUAACAAGCAACUGGGUCUUCUGCCCUACCCGGAAAUACUUACAGUUUCUCAGUCACCAUCUUUAAGUUUAUUUCAGAAUAAAAGUUUCUAGGUAACUCAUUCAAGGAAAGAAAACCCAUCUGAAAAAGUAUAUUUUGUAUAUAUAU